GGCGGGGAGAGCUGUGGCUGUCGGGCCGGGUUGGGGUUUUUAAUGACAAAAGUUCUUCGCCGAGCGUGGCCGAGGAGUGUGCGUGGUUCGUUGCCAGCAGUUGUCUUCUACUUGGGACUUCCCUCAUGCUGACAUGGUAACUACAGGCUGGCUCUCACUAGGAGGUGAAUGGAGACAUCUGGUCCAAAGAGGAAGUGUGUAAACCUGAAUGAAGAAGUGGGGGAGGGAACAGAACAGGCGUACAAGUUCUGAAUCACUCUGGGAUGACCUGUCUCAGUUCAAAAGAGGAAGAUGCCUGCACCCUGACCAUAACAUGGGUCUGAAUAAUUGGUCCAUAACACCACAUCUCUGGAUUUUCUGGUGACUCCCUGCUGCCUCCAGGCCCAAGUAGUUACAUACAACCCUGUUCUAAAACUGUACUGAGAAAGGGCAAAGAACUUGAGUGCAGUUAUGAAGCAGUAGCUGUGCUAUUUUCUUGGCCAGCAAUUCCAUAAACACUCAGAGCAGGUGGUGGUGGCAGAGGCGGAGCAACAGAGAAGUACACAAAGUCACAUGCUCCUUUUAGAUGCUGCAGGCAUUCUGUCGAAUUCUCCUUGUGGGCUAGCAGGAAGAGCCUGAUAGGGGCCCAUUUCCAGACAGACGUGGAUGAUGCCAGAGCUAUGACAGGGACUGCAGUCUUGGCACUUAAGGGUGGUGAUCAGUUAUGGAACAGCCAAAGGAGGAAGUACCUGAGGUCAGGGAAGAGGAGGAGGAAGAGGAAGAGGCACUAACGGCAGUAGGUGGAACUUCAGACACAAGUGAAGGACCAGAUAAUUCAGCACCUUCUAUCAGCUACACAGAUCUUUCCCAGAGUUCUUCUCCUUCUCUGUCAGACCAACUCCAGAUGGGCGGUGAUGAGGCAACUUCAGGAAGUCUGAAUGUAGAGUGCAGGGUCUGCGGUGACAAGGCAUCGGGGUUCCACUAUGGAGUGCAUGCAUGUGAGGGUUGCAAGGGCUUCUUUCGUCGAACAAUCCGUAUGAAGCUGGAGUAUGAGAAAUGUGAGCGGAGUUGCAAGAUUCAGAAAAAGAACCGAAACAAGUGCCAGUACUGCCGCUUUCAGAAAUGCCUCUCCCUGGGCAUGUCACACAACGCUAUUCGUUUUGGUCGUAUGCCAGAAGCUGAGAAAAGAAAGCUGGUGGCAGGACUGACGGCAAGCGAGAUCAACUGUCAGAACCAGCAGGUGGCUGACCUGAAAGUAUUUUCCAAGCACAUCUACAACGCCUACCUGAAAAAUUUCAAUAUGACCAAAAAGAAAGCACGAGGCAUCCUGACGGGAAAAGCUAACAGUACUCCACCUUUUGUGAUUCAUGACAUGGAUACCUUGUGGCAAGCAGAAAAAGGUCUGGUGUGGAAACAGCUGGUAAAUGGGAUACCACCAUACAAAGAGAUUGGUGUCCACGUUUUUUACCGCUGCCAGUGCACAACCGUGGAAACUGUGCGGGAGCUCACAGAAUUUGCCAAGAGCAUCCCUAGCUUUGUCAACCUGUAUCUUAAUGACCAAGUGACUCUGCUGAAAUAUGGGGUGCAUGAGGCCAUCUUUGCCAUGCUUGCCUCGAUCAUGAACAAGGAUGGACUCCUGGUGGCCAGUGGGAAUGGCUUUGUGACACGUGAGUUCCUGCGCAGCUUGCGCAUGCCCUUCAGUGAAAUAAUGGAGCCCAAAUUUGAGUUUGCUGUGAAGUUCAAUGCCCUGGAGCUGGAUGACAGUGACCUGUCUCUGUUUGUAGCUGCCAUCAUCCUGUGUGGAGAUCGUCCUGGCCUAAUGAACGUUAAACAGGUAGAAGAGAUUCAAGACAAUAUCCUCCAGGCCCUUGAGUUCCACCUGAAGGCCAACCACCCAGAUACUCAAUACCUCUUCCCUAAACUGCUGCAGAAAAUGGCUGACUUGCGACAGUUAGUGACUGAGAAUGCGCAGCUGGUGCAGAAGAUCAAAAAGACAGAGACAGAGACUUCUCUGCACCCACUCUUGCAGGAAAUCUACAAGGACAUGUACUGAGGAACCUAUAUUUAUGAGAGAGGUUAAAGCCAUGGAAUUCAGCAAGAUGCUUUGUACAUUAGCAAAGAAAUCCCCUGUGUCUUCCAUUCCUUCUACUGGAAUUGCUUUUUCUAUCUUAUUGCUGCAUACUGUACAUAGGGGGAGGGGGUGGACAGCAAAGGACUUGGCAUCUACCACGUGAUGGUAGGUUAGGGCUUCCGUUAACAUACACUAAGUGAAACUUAAAGGCACAUGAUAAGCUAAAUAUCUGUUGCUACAGUACAGCUGUUACACUGUUCCAGAGCAGCUGAUGUGUUUACACCUUGCAAAUACAUUUGAACGGUGGGUUGGAUUGUUCUGUUGGACAACACAGAUUUUCUCCAUACAAUCAGAGCAAGCAGUAGCUUGUCUGGCGGAUACAGGAACAGCGCUUACAUUAUAUAUCCGUUGUAUAUUAUUUUUAUUUUGCACUCUGAAUUCUAGCUCAGCCCUCAGAUGUAAGUUCUAGGAUGUUACAAGGAAGGGGCACGUGUGUUUGUGUGUGUGUGUGUGUCUGUGUAUACAUAUCCAAAGAAACCUCCAAGUGUUUGAAGAAGGGUACGAACACUCCUUGUGGUGACACUUUGAGGGGGAAGGGCCUUUGCUUAUCUCCUCAGUGCAUAGAAACGCCUUUUACAUGAAAGGCCAUACCUCCUAUCCUCCAUACUGGGCUCUUUCUUUUUUUCUUUCUUUGGGUCAUUAUACAGUGCAGUUUGUUGAAGCCCCUUAUGAGUAUGUAUGGCACUUGCUGACUUACUGAAGAGAAACGGGCUUCUUUUUCCGUUCCUUGCGCUGUGCUCUAGCACUUGCCAAAUAAUGGAGUUGGGCCUAACCGGGGGUGAGGGUGGAAUUUUGCUCUUGGAUGAGACCUGCAGAAAGCCCAUUUGCGUCCUUCCAGAAUAGAUUCAACACUCCACAAAGUCGGGAAAGAAGAAUCAUUAUAAGCACUUGAGUGUCUCCUUGCCUGGAGUGGAUAUAAUGCGGAUUUUGCUCUUAAAAGGGCAUCAUACAAUCCACUGUGAGAUCAAGGUGAUACAAGGAUGUUAGUCAAGACAGUGAUGAUUACUUUUGUUGUUUUGAUGUACCUCCCCACCCCCUGCUUUGGUCUUCCUGGUGUUCCCAAACUGCCCAAGAUAUCUGAAGGAAGACUCUUUAUGUGAAUUGCAACUGUGCCUUUCCAAAAGCACAUAUAGCACAACUUGCUGGUUUUGCCCAUUGCUUUCCCCACCGUCAUAAUAAAAGUGAAAGCAAGAACCACUGCAGAAGCAAACAGCAUUUCAUCACCUCCCCCUCAACAUUUCCUCCCCAAAUGGCCAAUUUAUUCUGUGUUUUCCGAGAAAGAUCAGGUUACAAAAUAUUAGAGCUCCUUUUUCUCUUCCUGAGUUGGUCCUGCUUCAGCCCUUAAGGAUCUCACCAGAUACACCUUUUCCUGUUGUCAUUCACUUUGAACAAUUCAUGUCUUCUUUGCUGGUAACUGCAGAGGGAUCUCUAGUGGCAGGGAGGUCAUUCUCACAUGCCUAUGUGGACAAUGUGAGGCCAUUCUACCUAGACAUAGUUGAAGCGCUGUGUGACUUGUCAAGUUUCUUCCAUCUGGGACUUCCAGUAUAUUAUUCCCAGCAUGUAUGGCAUCGGAUUAGAUCAGCAUGAUGUUUGGGAAUGGCCUGCAAGCCUUUACACUUAGGUUUUCAUUCUGUUGUAUUGCUAUGCGGCUUUAGGCAAGUUUGUUUAUUUCAGUACAUUUCAAAUACAGUGUGCUUUCAAAGGGGUAGAGAACUUUCUGUGAAAAUCAUUUUGACAUAGCAAACAGAAUGUAAUAGUCACAAGUUUGUGGUGACAGAUGUUUAGGUGAUGCAAAAAUUUGUUGAACUUGCCAGUUGUCCAACCAUUUCAGCUCAAAACAUAUACAUUUUCUGCUUUUCCUCCCUUGGAUCUUCCAAAUAGCAAUUUUAUCAUUUUGCCUUUAUAUCUAGAUUUUGGUGCAGAGAAUCCUAAAGAUUAUUCAUUAGAAGGUAGGAAUAUUUUUAAAUUUGCUAUUUUAAAAUACACCUAAUAUUUCUGGAGAGGGAACGUAGCUCAAUGGCAGAGCACUUGCUUUGUAUGCAGAAGGUCCCAGAUUCAAUCCCUGGCAUCUCCAGUAGACAGAAUCAGGAGGCACGUGAUGGGAAUCACCUCUGCCUGAGACCCUGGAGAGCUGCUACUAGUCAGAGCAGACAAUGCUGUGCUUGAUGGGCAGAUAGUAUGAUCUUCCUCUGCUUUGUCUGCUGCAUCUUGCAUGAUAUAUUUUUAAUCUGGAUUUCCCUUGACAGUAUGUGGAGAACAGAAGUAAUAGCUAUAACACCAGUUCUGCUCUCUGUUGCUGUAGUUCUUGGCAGUUCCUGUCCUUCAACACACCAUCUGUGGAAACUUGAUGUGCAAGUUUUUGUGCAUGUAUGACCUGAAAGAGUGGUCCACAUGCCUCUGAGAUUUUUCUCUACUCCAAUCACAUUCAAUGGGACAAGAAGAGAACCUUUUUCUUUGGGAAUUGUGGAGCAGAUUUGCUGGGCAACAGAACCUAAUCUGGGUGAAUGACCCAUAGCUUUGUGUGAGAUUAUUCUGUUUUUAUGGUCAUUAACUUUAUAUUAGUUAACUUGACACAGAAAGUGGAAAGAUCCCAGCUCCUCCAAAAUGUGUGUUCUUUCUUUCAGUGACACUAUCAUACAUUACUUUGGGCUAGGACAGGCAUUCAUAACUGAAUUUGUUCCCAUAACAUACAUAACACUGGCAUUUGGGGCAGGACUGUAGCUCAGAGAUAGGGCACAUACUUUGCAUUCAAAAGAUCCUAGGUUCAGUCCUCAGCAUCUCCAGGUAAGACUGCUGUCAGUCAAUGCAGAUAAUACUGAAUUACUUGGAUCAAUGAUCUAACUAGGUAUAAGGUUAGAUAUCCUCUGUUCCUGUUUUAAAGCCAGGCAGCUCAGCUGUUCUGGCCUGGAAAAUGUCUUCUAUUGCAAUAAAUAAUAUUGUGAGAUAAAUUUUUGCACCCAUCACAGGAUAGACGUCUGUAACCUGUAUGCAUUCCUUAUUAACCAAAAAUGUAAAAUCACUGUCAUGGAGAUUUGAAUUGGCUACUUGGCUCGAAUUUGAUUAUAAGUUGGCUAAUUUGUCACCAGCUGUUUUUCAAACAGUACCAGAGUCUGUCACCUCCAUAGGGUCUUUUUACCUUAGAGUGCAAGAAGUGAGUUAAGUGUCUAGGUUGUAAGUUCAGAUAAGUGGGUAUAGGAUUGUAGCUGCAGUGCUCACGUGUUGUCUCCAAGCUUCUCUUCUGCAUCUGCCAGACAAUACGGAAGUAUUGUAUCAGUCACUUCACAAGCAGAAUUACACUCGCACAAUGGCUCUCCCUUUCCUCUCCUCCCCCUGCAUGCUCCCUUCAUCUUCUCUUUAUAUCUAAUAAGCUGAUUUUGAGGGCACAUUAGGGGCUGGAGGGUAUAGGAGAGGAAGAAGUUCAAGUGGAACUGCAAUGUUAGAUACUGCCCUUUGUGCUUUUGAUGCAAAAUUAGCUUUCUGGUGAUGUGGGCGUAUGAUAGCACAGGCAAGACUUAUUUAAGUAGCACCUGGACCCCAACCUGCAAAAUGGGACUUAUUUCCAAGACCCCAUUCACAUGGCAGAAGGCACCUGUCCUGGCUACAAAACAAAAUGGCUGUGGUAGCACUGCUGCAACCCUUCUCUCUCCUGUUGAAGACCACUGUCCUACAGUGUUACAAUGCCUGGCUCAUCUUCCUUUAGUGCUGGCUAGUGCAGAAAAUUCUUGGAUACACUGAUGACCCUAUAAGCGCUCUCAUCUGAGCCAUUUUGGAUCCCUUCUGUCUCAAAUACAAAGCAAAGAUCUACUGUGCAUUGGAACUAGCUGUUUCUUCUUGGUAGAGCAUCUGUGUGGUCCCUGGGAUCGCUGUUGGCAGGAAACUGGAAAUGUUUUUUUUCCUGCCACUUCCAAUCUCAGGGCCCCCAAUGCUUUUAACAGCAAAUUCCAUUACAUACCUGCUUUUUUCUUCACUCCCAAGUCCCUAAUGGUCAUAAAAUCCUUUGCAGUCUUUGACCUUAGGAUUGUUCCAUUCACUACCUAGAUACGAUGGUUAAUAUAUAGAAUUGUUUGGAAUGUUGUUUUUAUUGCUAGUGUAGGGAAGUAAGUUGCUUAAUCCUUGCAAUCUUCUUCCAAGACUGCACUGAUGGACUGGCUGGUACUUGAUUAUUGCUGUGCCUAAAUUUCCAGAUUGGAAUAAUGGUAUGUUCCACUUCUACCUCCCAGGAAUUGUGUGAGGCUCAUGGAAUGUGUCUUAGUAAAGUAAUUGGGAGCCUUCAUGUAGCAGGAGCCAGAGGUGGAAAAAUCACUGAGAAUAGUUUGUGAUUUUUUAAAAAAACUUUGAAUACCUGCCCUAAACCUUUUUUGCCCGCUAUCCUUGAAAGCCUCUUCACCUGUUACUCUGCUUCCCUCAGGACUUGCUGGGCAUGUAUUUCCAGCACUUGGGGAGCACUCUCUCUCCUUUCUUUGUUCUUUUUAAUGGGAUGUUGUAGCAAUCCUCAGAUUGAAAUGUAUAUUUUUGCUAGAAGUUCAGACUCCAGGUGUUUUUAAUAAUAUAAAUAGUGACUGACAAUUUUAAAUUGGAAAUAAAUAUUUAAGAAACUAUUACACUGUAGCACUUCUUUCACCCAUUGCAGGCUCUCUUUGGGCUUAACAUUUCAUCUAUCUCUUCUAAAACUCACAGAGACUAUAAAUUCUUUUCAUUAAGAAUAACCACCAUUCACACUAUUAUGCAAGCUUUUGAGUUACGCUAAAUAAUUCCUCGGACAGGAUUAUCAAAACCAUUUUUUAAAGGGAAAAUUUGUUUGUGGGGCAAGUAUUAUAUUAAGCCUUGUAGUUUCUUUCAAUCUUGCUAGAUUAAUGGAGGAAGGUUUGCAGGCUCAUCAGAACUGAACAGUGCCGUGUGAAAAGACAGAGCGUUAUCUAGAAGUAUGCGAGGGCAGAAAAGCAAAUAGAGGCUCUCUUUUUGGAAAUACAAAAGCAAGCAAUUAACCAAACUUCUCUAGCACAACUUGAAAUUCUCAGGUAUAAGUGCAUGUAUUCACUCUACAUUUCACUUUGGCAGAUGAUGUCAAGUGAUGUUUU